GCUAAUCCGGAAGUAGCACAAACAUCGUCGAGAAGCGGGAAACAUCAACAGCAGCUACGCAGUCGAAAUGCCACGCAACUACCCACUCUGAGUUCUUGUUGUCAGUCGUCCGAGAGGAAGAAAAAUAGUGUCAUGUUUUCCCGCAGGUGGAGGUUCGGCUGGGACAGGUUCAGUGAGGUGGACCUGUUCACAGACCGCCAUGAGGCCGAUGCAGAGACCCUUUCCCAGGCCAUCAGAGCUGCAGCGUCUGAGGAGCCGGACGCAGACAGCGUGCUGUUUGGACACAUGAAAGGCACUGUGGUCGGCCUCAGAUAUUAUACAGGGGUGGUGAAUCGUGGGGAAAUGGUUGGUUUAGUGCGACAGCCCCAGAACCCAUACGACCGCAAUGCAGUGAUGGUCGCCAACAUUUAUGGCAACCAAGUGGGUCACAUCAAGCGGGAGCUGGCAGCAGCUAUGGCCCAUGUCAUGGACAACAAUUUGGCCAAAGUAGAGGGGGUGGUACACUCUGGGACGAAUAACGCCUUCAGCAUGCCAGUCAUGCUUUCCUUCUGGGGGAAGGAAGAGAACAAGAAGACAGUGAUAGAACGCAUGGCACGACACGGUUAUAAACUGGCCCCAGGUGCAGUCAGUGUGACAGGUACAUCCCAGAAUUCUUAUAGUCAAGGAGUUUUUGCAGUACCACCUCAAAAAGGAGUGACCACCCUACUAACUGCAGAGCAGGAAAACUGCUUGAGAUCAGAUGAUCUCUUUUACGAGCAUGGCCUUACCAAAAUGGCAGCAUUGAAGAAAAGAAAACACACACAAAGCAGGAAAGCACAGAAAGGAAAGAGAAAAAAAGAAAACACCCACAAGCUGAAGAAUGCGUUUGACAACCUCUUUGAUGACCUGAUGGAGAGUAAGGAAGGAGAGAAACAAGAAGCAGAGUCUGUGGGCACUCCUCUCCUGCUUCACCAGAGGCAGGCGCUGUCCUGGAUGUGCGCUCGAGAAAACAAAUCUACGCUGCCACCUUUUUGGGAGAAGAGAGGUGAGCUCUACUACAACACUGUCACGUGUUUCUCUGCCAAAGAGAUACCAGAGAGAGUUCGUGGGGGAAUACUGGCAGAUGACAUGGGGCUGGGAAAAACUCUGACGACCAUAGCGCUGAUUCUCACCAACUUUCACAAUGGGAAGCCUUUGCCUGUGGAGAAAUGUGAGGAGCAGUCUUCACCUAUCAAAGCCAAAACGAAACCAAAGAUGGCCUCCAAACUGGAAGGAAGCAGCAGUACAGGCGACAGAGCAGGAGUGAGUGAUGCAGCAGCUGGCUCUCAGUGCUCAGACCUUCCUCAGAUGGAGGUGAUCUGUGCUGAUUCGGCAGACGUAGUGGAGAUAGUGGACAAGCCAGAUAAAAGUUCGAGCAAAGGAAAGACGAAAGCUACCAAGCGCAAGCCCAGUAAAGAGGCCCCAGUAUUGCUGGAUGAUCUGGACUUUGCUGCAGCACUGGGUGGUGGAGCAUCAGAUACCGGCUUCAAGAAGAAGAAAACUGCCAAAAAGGCCACUCCCACACCGAGUGCGGAAUCAUCCAUUCCUGCAAGUGCAGAUGACUUGUCAGCGAGAACAACUCUCAUCAUCUGCCCGCUCUCUGUAAUCAGCAACUGGCUGGAUCAGUUUGAGCAGCAUGUGCGUUCUGACGUGAAGUUAAAUGUGUAUCUGUAUUACGGCCCGGAGCGCAACAGGAGCAAGACCUUUCUGUCCUCCCAGGAUGUGGUGAUCACAACCUACAACAUCCUCUCUGCUGACUUUGGGAAUAAAAGUCCCCUCCAUGGGAUCAAUUGGCUGAGGGUCGUGCUGGACGAAGGGCACAUUGUAAGAAACCCUAAUGCACAGAUGAGUAAGGCCGUGCUCGAACUAAAAGCUCAGCGGCGCUGGAUUUUGUCAGGUACUCCUAUCCAGAACGGUGUGAAGGACCUGUGGAUGCUGCUGGCCUUCCUGCGCCUGAAGCCCUUCGAUGUGAGAGACUGGUGGAAUCGAGUGAUCCAGAGACCCGUCACUCAGGGAGUCAGGGCUGGCCUGCAGAACCUUCAGACCCUGGUGAAGUGCAUCACCCUGCGGCGGACCAAGAACAGUGAGCUGAAUGGCCGCCCUCUGGUGUCUCUGCCUGAGAAGACAGUGUGUGUGGAACAGGUCGAGCUGAGCCAGUCAGAGAGAGACGAGUAUGAGCUGGCACGAAAUGAGGGAAGAAAAACCAUCCGCAGAUACGUAGCUGAAGGGUCAGUCUUAAGGAAUUAUGCUGAUGUGCUGGCCAUCCUGAUGAGGCUUCGACAACACUGCUGCCACCCUGACCUGCUGGCAAAAACAUCCUCAGACCUGGGUGCUGCAGCGACACCUGCAGAGCUGCGGGAGCGUCUAAUAGAGAAGCUGCGGUUGGUGUUGGCCAGCGGCUCUGACGAGGAGUGCUCUGUGUGUCUGGAUUCAGUGCGUCUGCCCGUCAUUACACACUGUGCGCACGUUUACUGCCGGCCCUGCAUCGCCCAGGUUAUCAGCUCUCAGCAGGAAACAGCACGCUGUCCUCUCUGUCGAAGUGAGAUCAAGACCAGCGAGCUCGUGGAGUUUCCACAGGAGGAAGUGGAGGAGGAGACCAGUGCAAACUCUAAGUGGAGGACAAGCUCCAAGGUGCAGGCGCUGAUGGGAAACCUGCUCAGGCUGAGACAUGAAGACAGCAGCAUUAAAUGUUUGGUCGUCUCGCAGUUCACACGCUUCCUCACCAUACUGGAGACUCCGCUCAGAGAGCAUGGUUUCAGUUUUCUGCGUUUAGAUGGCACCAUGAGCCAGAAGAAGAGGACCCAGGUCAUCCAGGAGUUUCAGAGCUCUGCAGCCGACAGCCCCUCCAUCAUGCUUCUGUCACUCAAAGCCGGAGGGGUGGGGCUUAACUUGACGGCCGCCUCUAGAGUUUUUCUCAUGGACCCUGCCUGGAAUCCUGCUACUGAGGACCAGUGUAUUGACCGCUGCCACCGUUUGGGACAGACAAGGAAGGUCUUUGUCACCAAGUUCAUUGUCAAAAACUCGGUGGAGGAGAACAUGGUGAAGAUCCAGAGGCAGAAGCAGGACCUGGUGGAGAAGGCUUUUGGCUCGUCAAACGCUAAAAGGGAAACCUCUCGUAUUGAUGACAUCAAAGCUCUGAUGGAGCUGUAGAUGUCUGACAAUGGGCCUGAAUGGAGGUGUUAACAUGGGAACAACACAAUGAAACUGGGUGAGACAGUUGAAGUUAAACACAGUUCACAUCUGAAGGGCUGCAGAUUUUUUGCACAUGGUCAUAUUUCAAAAGAGUUGUGCUUUUAUAGCUUAUUAUUAAUGUUCUGAAAUUGUUUUAUUUCUGCCUCUGUUUAACGGUUUUAGCUUUGAUACCAAUUCAGUUACAGGAUGCACCACAUGGCAAGAUUUCAUUUUUGUUCAUUUCUGAUACGGAGGAGCUGUUUGUGUCGGUCAGAGCUGUACUAAUGCUUCAAUGUGCCUGAUUCAGUCCAAAGUUAAAACCCUGCGAUGAAGACCGAGUAGAAAUACUCGCCUCUGUAGUAGCAGAUUCACUUGUCAAUGAGCAAAAUUUAACAUUUGUGAAGAUUCAGAUGUGUUAUAUGUUGUUUUUUUGCCAUAUCUGGAUUCAAUAAAUGCAGACUACUGGUAUUGUACAUUUGUUGCUACUGUAUUUAACCAGACACAGCAGUGUUCACAACUAAUGUGUUUUGUUUCAGCCAAAAAUAUAAAAUUAAAGGGAAACAUCU